CCAACGGCAGCUAGCCAGCAAGUUCCCCCUCUAACUAGCCUAUAUUAAUUACAUACAUUAAUUAACCCUAGCUGGUAUAUUAACGUGUAGCUAAUUGUGCUUAAUUGAUUCUCCAUUUACACUGAGAUCAAGUUGGUCAAGUUUCAAGUGAGGCUGGCCAGUGUGGCGAAGGAUAAGGAUGAUGCCAAACUGGAUCUGCUGUAACUCCUGCUUCCAUCCCCCAGCAGCUGACUUCCGGCUAGCUGUGACCACCUGUGGCCACAUAGUUUGCCAGGGGUGCUUUCAGAAAGGCAAGGAAGGAGGGUGCCUGAUUUGUAAAGCACAAUGUCAAGUUUCUGCGCUCUCAGAUAAAAGCAGUGCUGAUGUCAAGGCCCUUUUCUCAGAAGUCAACAUUCUCGCAGACAAAUACUUCUCAGAGAUAAGCAAGGUAUUAGUAUUUCAGAUGAGACACCAAAGAAGAUUAUUGUCACAUUACAGGCAGAAGAAUGUCAAACUGGAGGAGUACAUAAAAAAGAUGAAAGAAGAGAUGCAGCUAAUGAACAAAAAAUUGGAGGAGCAGAAUGCUUACAUUGACAAAUUUGAUACUGCUCUUCAGCAGCAGAGGGCGAGAACAGUACUGCAGUCCAGCCAGCUAGCUCCCUCAUUGUAUGGCUCAAUGACAACUCCUCAGCUCAAACAAAUCCCAUUCGCAUCACCCAUGGGGCGGUCCCAGCCCUCGUCUUCUAGCAGUCUGGUUGAACAAAUGGAGGUGGACACCCAGGGUUUGUAUAAACAACCAGAGAUUUCGGGAAGUAUCACCAGGUUGUCCCUGCUCAGCCCGCCCUUGGAUGGACAAAUGGGUACCGUUCCCCACAGAUCUGUCAGCCAGAGCUCCCUGUUGACUCACUUCACCCGCUCGGCCACAGUCAGGCGGAACAUGUCCUGGGAGACCCCCUCCUUCAAGCCCCCGCUCCCUGUUUGUCAUGCUUCUCUUUCUGCGUUGCCAUCCAUAGCAACAAACGCCGGCCCACUCAGCUUCCAGGGACACCUGCCCAGGUGAACACAGGAGUGGGAGCAGAAACUCAGGACAGACAGGAGACACAGAGGCCUGCAUGGACACCCUGUCCUCUGGUCUCCACUGAAAGAGCAGCCGACCUGUGCAGGCCACUACAAAACCAGUGCCGGAGCCAUUGCUCUACACAAAGUCCAUAUCUACCACCUUCUGUUUCUGCCAGGUUCAGACCCAGUUCCAGUGUUCGUGUUUGAGUCAUGUGA